AUGGGUGAUGUUGAAAAGGGUAAAAAGCUGUUUGUUCAAAAAUGUUCUCAGUGCCAUACAGUAGAAAAAGGUGGAAAACACAAGACGGGCCCAAAUCUUUGGGGUCUCCUAGGCCGUAAAACGGGACAAGCUGCUGGAUUUUCUUAUUCAGAUGCCAACAAGAAUAAAGGUAUUGUCUGGAGUGAAAAUACACUGAUGGAAUAUUUGGAGAACCCAAAGAAAUACAUUCCUGGAACUAAAAUGAUUUUUGCUGGUAUUAAAAAGAAGACUGACAGAGCAGAUCUUAUUGCAUAUUUGAAAAAAGCAACUUCUUCAUGA